AUGACAACACAGACAUGGACAUCCCUUGUCCGGAGAGACACCAAAGGGCCUUUGAGCACCGGGGCUAUCGUCGGCAUAGCUGUCGGGGCGGCGGCGCUGUUCUUGGCCAGUGCUGCUCUAUUUGUCCUUUACUAUCGACGACAACGACGCUAUGAUGCCGAAGACAGCGAGUAUUAUCAGUAUGUCAACUCUGUUCAACGGGGCCAGCACCACAUGGGGAGGACAUUCGGGCCAGUUCCUCGCCGAGCUCCAACCUACACUUUGGAUUACAAGAUGGACAAACAGGGAGGUACCGGGCACUCAACUCCCGCCCAGUUCUCAGCAGACCCCCGGACCCAAAACCCAGAGUCACCUCCACUAGACGACAUGGCAAGCGCAAUGCCAACCCAUCCAGCAUAUCUUCCCAAGGCAGUGGUUCGUGGGACAAUACUCAAACCCAUCACUCGUCGACCCUCCGAAGACAACAGCAACCCGGUGUACUGUCCUUCAACCACAGACAGCAACAGCAUGCCACUGCAAGCCUAUCGCGGCUCUUCAUCCACUGUCACCGCCACCGUAACAGGAGCAAGUAGGGAGAACGAUCCGAAGGUGACGGGAAGCAAAGAGAAGCAGACCUUCCCCUCUCCACCGGGAUCCGGGAGAACGGGCGCGACCACCUUCUACGACGACGAGAACUACUACGCAGCGGAUCCGGAGAAGGACGCCAAAGGCCAGCGUAGUCUCUCCGCCGCACUUCGUCUCGCCUCAGCGGACCAAGAGGACGAUGAAGACAGUCAUUACCAUGAACAGCAACAGGAACAAUCCCAAGGAUAUCACCAACAACAACAACAACAACCGCAUCAACCACAGCAAUCUCCCGUGGCCCUCCCCACCCCCGCCUCUGUCGCCUCCUCCUCCUCCCGCACCACCCGAAGCGGUCUCGUGCCCACCAUUUCCCUUCCCAUCAAAAACAACAAAAAGAAGAAAUUCCCUCCUCCCCAACUCAAUCUCCACCAACAGCAGCACAACAGCAGCAGCCACAACUCUCCCAACAACCCCAACCAAACCACCGGGAGCGGCAGCAACCUGAGCGGUGGAAAGAACAGUGGUGGUCUCAUGGUAGACAUGGUAAUGUCCACCAGCAACCACCGCCCGCUGAGCGGGAUGGAGGAUAUGUCUAUUAGUGGCCCGCUGGCGUUUCCUCAAUAUUCUCAUCAGCAGUAUCAUCAGCAACAGCAACAGCAGCAGCAGCAGCAGCAGCAGCAGCAGCAGCAUGGGGGGUACUAUGUGGAUGAGUAUGGGAAUCCAGUUCUGGCACCGGGAAGUGGAGGAGGGAGGAGUAGGGGGGGUAGAGAUCGAUCGAGGAGUUUUGGUGGUGAUCAUCAAGGACCGGGACACGGAGGAGAAAGUGGAAGACGGGAGAAGAGACACAGUGGGAAUAAUGGGAGGCAUUAUGAGGAGGUGGAGAUUGGGAGGGAGAGUGAUAUUUGGUGA